GGAGCGCCAACUCCAGCGGGAAGACGGAGACCGCGACGCGCUGGCGAAGCGCGCUGGAGCGAGGAAGAAAGGACACCCCGUCCGCAGCGCCACGGCACGCGCCAGUCGGGGUCCCCCGGGACGGGAGCGAGCGGCCAGGGCAGCUGAGCGCGGGAGGAGGCGGCCCGGCAGAGCCCCAGGAUGGCGUGUUGACUCUCCUCAGGGAUGUGGGCAGGGUGCUAGGCUCAGUGAGUUGUGACCGCAGGAGGUCUGGACCCCCCUGGCUCAGAGUGCUCCGAUCCACACACCUCUCCACCUGCAGUCUUCACCAUGGCAGCCCAGGAUGGAAACACCAGUUUUGCACCCAACGUCAAUCCAGCUCAAGAUCACACCUCCUCCCUCCCCUUCAACUUCAGCUAUGGUGAUUACGACAUCCCUCUGGACGAGGAGGAGGACAUGACCAAGACCCGGACCUUCUUCGCUGCCAAGAUCGUCAUCGGUGUGGCACUGGCAGGCAUCAUGCUGGUCUGCGGCAUUGGCAACUUUGUCUUCAUCGCUGCCCUCGCCCGCUACAAGAAGCUGCGCAACCUCACCAACCUGCUCAUCGCAAACCUGGCCAUCUCUGACUUCCUGGUGGCCAUCAUCUGCUGCCCCUUCGAGAUGGACUACUACGUGGUGCGCCAGCUCUCCUGGGAGCACGGCCAUGUGCUCUGUGCCUCUGUCAACUACCUGCGCACCGUCUCCCUCUACGUCUCCACCAAUGCCCUGCUGGCCAUCGCUAUCGACAGGUAUCUCGCCAUCGUUCACCCCUUGAAGCCACGGAUGAAUUAUCAAACGGCCUCCUUCCUGAUCGCUUUGGUCUGGUUGGUGUCCAUCCUCAUCGCCAUCCCGUCGGCCUACUUCACAACGGAGACGGUCCUGUUUAUCGUCAAGAGCCAGGAGAAGAUCUUCUGCGGCCAGGUCUGGCCGGUGGACCAGCAGCUCUACUACAAGUCCUACUUCCUGUUGAUCUUCGGCGUGGAGUUCGUGGGCCCCGUGGUGACCAUGACCCUGUGCUACGCCAGGGUCUCCCGCGAGCUCUGGUUCAAGGCCGUGCCAGGCUUCCAGACAGAGCAGAUCCGGAAGCGGCUGCGCUGCCGCAGAAAGACGGUGCUGGUGCUCAUGUGCAUCCUCACGGCCUACGUGCUGUGCUGGGCGCCUUUCUACGGCUUCACCAUCGUGCGCGACUUCUUCCCCGCCGUGUUCGUCAAGGAGAAGCACUACCUCACAGCCUUCUACGUGGUCGAGUGCAUCGCCAUGAGCAACAGCAUGAUCAACACCGUGUGCUUUGUAACGGUCAAGAACAACACCAUGAAAUACUUCAAGAGGAUGAUGCUGCUCCACUGGCGUCCCUCCCACCACGGGAGCAAGUCGAGCGCCGACCUGGACCUCAAGACCAGCGGCAUGCCGGCCACGGAAGAGGUGGACUGUAUCAGGCUGAAGUGACCUGCUCGUGUUCCUCAGCCCAAAACCCAAAAGCGACCACUCUGAGCACCAUCCACCCAUAACCAAGUUCACACUUGGCUGCCUAAAGGAAGGACAGCCGUGUUCCCCUCCUCGCUGCCCUCAAGGAACUGGAUGCUUCUCAGUCCCGAAAGAUGGUGGGACUCAAGGCAGGUAACAGAAACUGACUAUGGCCUAGCUUCCUGUGUGCUGGCCACACCAGUGAGAUUGGCUGAGUCAACAGGAGCUGACAUUUACCCAUUUCCUACUGUGGGAGAAAAUUAAAUAACAAGAAAAAUGGCAGUAGCUAUUGGAAUCGCCAAGCGAUGGCCAGUCAAGGGCCUCUGAUGGUUAUCUGCACUCACUCUCCAUCUCCCUGCUCUCACUCUGUAUCUUAUCAAUGCAGGAAGGUCAAGAGGUGAGAGAAUAAGCCAGUUAGGUGUGACAGAAACAUAAGGCGGAAACAUAAACAUCAGAGUGUGGGGUUUACUGCCUCAUGGGAAGAGGACUCAUGCCAUCACAUUGAACUUUCCCACUCGGCUCCCCCCACCUCCGAAGGAUAGUUUCUAGGAUUCUGGUUACGAGAAAAAAUAUUUUCUCAUAACCAGGGCAUUGGUUAUGUACAAUGUUGUAAUUUCAAAGGAAAGGACCAAGAUAUCUCUUUUCCACUGAUGCUUUGAGAACUCAUUUUUUUGGGUGAAGACAUGUGGUCCUGAAAUGAGGAAUACAUCCAGUCCCUGACACCUGAGCGUAAAGGAUUUUGGGGCUGUAAUGUCAGGGAGGCUGGGGACAGAGGAAGGGGUGGAGCUUGCCACUGGUAAUAAACGUAAUCUAUAUGGCUGAGGUCUUUUUUUUUUUUCUUUUUUUUUUUUUUUUUUAUGGCUGAGGUCUAAGUGACUUAGCAAUCUAAGGUCUGGAUCACUUUCUACAACAAAUCCUCUUUUUUGAGAACAAACAAAAUGAGCUCUACUUGGAAAGGAGAGGCCUGGGUUCAAGCCUGAAUUCUAAGAUCCAUGUGACCUGCAUGCUUACUCUGUCUGCUUCAUUGAAAUCAGGGUGAUGAAAACAGCUGUGCUAUCUACCUUCCAGGACUAUUGGAAGAGCCCAUGGAGGCCAUAGUUUGAAAGUGCUUUUUAACUCUACCAGUGGUGAGAAUGUAUACGUGCUAUUGAACAGUUUGGAUAAGAGAAACCCCAUCCACUGUGACUAAAUGUGAAGAAACACUCCCACUUUUUCGUUCCUUGUCUUUGGACCAGAGACCCCUACCUGAAUCCUUCACAGUGCAGCCUGUCCCCUGGGGCAGAAAAAGGAACCCCUGUCCUGGGUUAUAAUGAGGAAGAUUUAACCUCAGAAUUUCAGACCACCCGCCCCUGCUGCCACCAUCGUCUUCAAAAGUUUUGACAAUCUUCCCUGCAUGUCGUGAAGCAGCACAGCCCAGGGCUGCACAGUGUUAGUAUUAUUAUACAUCUGUGGUGAUUAUAUAUCUAUGUUCUUGAUCCUUCCUGGUUCAUUUUAAAGCAGAGACUACAAAUGGUACCUGGUUUGGGAUUGACCCGUCCCCAUUGGGAUAACUCCUACUUUUCUCUAGAGAAAGGGUUAUUGGGUUGUUUGCUUGCGUGUUUUUUUUUUUUUAAUUAAUUGUUGGUUUGUUUACCCAACAGUGAAGCUUCAACCAACAUUUCCUUCCAUCACAACCCAGCACACUCCCCUUCAACCCAAUCAUUUGUACCUCAGGAGAUGCGCACUGACUUUAAUAUUAGCGUAAGCCAAAUGGUUUGCAAGUUCUAAGUUUACAAAAAUUACACAAUGCAUUUUAAAGCCAAGCAACCAAGUAUUUGGGGUUAUCUGCAUUUUUAUACAUACAACUGUGCUUUUAUUUAUUUCCCCCAUCUUGACUCUUCUCCUAAUUAAAAGAUUCUUUAAGAGUAGACUGUGCUACAGUUGUGUCUGACAAAAGAAUUCAGCCCCUUUUUCCUUUUUAUCCUAAAAUGUACCAUCCUCCUUUCAUUUAAAUUUAACUGAAACAGCUUUUGUAAAUAUCAGUGCGUAUUUGUGAUUUUUCCAGUGAAUAAGUGUUAUGUUGUUAUCUAAUUAAAUAAUUAACAUAUGGAAUCUUAACCACAGUGUUCAAGUGUUUUCCCCACUAAUCUUUUAUAUAUGUUAGUAUAUUUAGAUAUAAACAGUAUGUCUAGAUAUAAACCUAAACAGUUCAACCCUGGAACAGAGAAGCAACGUGUUGAAGGCAUAUUUAGAAUAGCUCAUGCCAGCAUCCGGCCUCCCGUUGGUUACAUCCCUCAAGCUUUACAGCCCAGGUGUGGAUUCAUGCAUGCAAAACUACUCAGUGCCUCUAUUACCCUUUGUUUUAAAAUUGUCUUGUUUGUGUAAUGAAUACUACUGUCUGCAUGGAGACUGUCCAUUCACCUAAUUGGUGUUAAAGUAAUAAAUAAUAAAUUAAUUGCA